AUGUAUAAAUCCGAUUGCUAUCUGACGUUAGCAAAUUCAUCUUCCUCCAAGUCGAUGGCAACGCUUAAUUCAUUUGAAAAUCCGGGGAAAUUUUUGCCAACGUAUUAUACCGUCGAUGACAAUUUCCUUGGAAUCACUCCUCUUUUUGAAGGCGAUAACGCAUCCGUUGAACAAGCCAAAGACCCAUUAUUUUCGUAG